AUGAAGUUCACCGCCAUCCUCGCCCUCGCCACCACGGCGGCCUGCUCUGCUCUGCCUGCUGGUCUUCCAGCCGGGGUCGAGUACACCCAAAUUUCGGCCGCAGACAUCCCGGAGUCCAUCCGUUCCGCGCCCGCCUUCAAUGAGACGGCUGUUGCUUUCGUCGAAGCCCGAGAUGGAGACCUCACCAAGCGCGCCAACCACGGCGUGUACCUCUGCGUCGAUGCCUACUGGGGCGGACACUGCGCCUACAUUACUGCAGGUGCUGGCGUCUGUGUUCCUCUGGCCAGUGACCUCAACGACAAAGUCAGCUCUGUCGGCCCUGACGCUGGCGCUUACUGCCGAUUCUAUUUCGACGCGGGCUGCACUGAUGACGAUGGCUGCAAGCACUUCGACCUGGUGAACCCAGGCAAGUCCGACCUCAACCAGGCUGGAACGGGCGCCUGCGCAGGUGUCAACCCCAACGACAAGGUCACCAGCUACCAGUGCUGGGACUAUUAG